GGAGUGGAAGACUACCUCUUUGAAGUACAUAGAGGAAAGUGGUAAAGCAAUACUGCAAUUGCAGGAGGAGGGAUCUCAGAACAGGGGUUAAGAGAGCGACCACAAGGUGACCAAGCACUGCAAUUCCGUACACCUGACAGCAAAAAUUUCAUUGUUGUCAGGUUCUGGAUCCUGUCCUACAGAAGUCAUUAGAGUGGGUGAAGUUUCUAUGUAAUUUAUAUUAAAAAAAAUUAUAUAUCACUUUUCAUAAAAAUGCCAGAGUGGUUUGCAACAAUUACACAUAAAACCAUACAACGAAAACCAUAUUGAAAAGUUAAAAUCAGCAAUGAGGUAACUUUUACGGAAAGAUGUAUUCUUGAUUUCCUGCAUGAACCUGUUAAUCCUUAUUGGCAGAACAUUCCACAGUGCUGGACUGAUGACGCUAAAGGCUUGGAUGCUUAUUGUCAUAUCUCCACCAAUUUGGGGAAUGACCAACGACGCUCCUGCAAAUGAUCUUAGUGACUGAGCUGGGAUAUAAGGGUUCAGGCGGAACGAGGCCAAGGGAAGCCCCACACAGAGCACAUUGCAGUAAUCCAACCUCACGUUUAUCAACACAUGGACUACAGUAGCCAGGCUGCAAGGUUGCCAUAAGGGCAUCAUUUUCUUGCCCUUAUGGCAUUUGCCUCUAUUUGCAUAGCUUCUUGACAAGCAGGGCAGCUCCUCAGGUAAGUUAACCUUCCAGAAUAAUCAGUAUCUUGAGGAGGAGCAGAAGUUCAGAGAAGUUCAGAAAAUGUUUGAUGUUUUAGCUGACUCUGGUAAGGGGAGUUUAGAGAUUCAGAGAUUGUGUAAGAGAUAGUCAUGUGGUUUCUGCUGCUAAAGGCCAUUGUGGAUCUCACACAAUGACUCACAAGUAAAGCUAAGCCAAAUCAUGACUUGGCACAAAUGCUCUGGCAUACAGAGGAGGAGAGACUGUGAUUGCUCCUCUGGGCCUGCUGCUUCAAGCUAAGCCUGGGCCCAUGUCUGAAGCAAGACAAACCAUGAGCUUAGGCUUACUUUACAGCAGCAGGACUAGAGAAGGAGCAAAGUAGAUGUGAAUUCUGAGAACCUGUGUUUCUGCACUGAUCUAUGAAAUUCAACUCUGCCCCCCUCCACCUUUACAAAUAAAAGUACCCUGAGAAAGGGGAACACCGUUGCAACAGCCUACCGUUAACACCAAUUUGUAGGAAAGGAAUUAUUUCACCCUGUGGUAGAACCACACGUUGGCCCUUCCCUGUGUCUCAGCGUAAGGCAGAAUUGGGAGUUAUAAAGUUGUCCAUUGUGGAAAGGUGGUCUUCACUUCCCAUUUCCUAAGGUUGUGUUGUGUGCUCCUGAAUUUUAACAGACCGCUGCCAUCCAGAUAGGGACAUUGUUUAUAAUAUGAUGAGAUUUGAUUAACUAUCUAAUAAUUAACCACGAGGGAUUUAAAUUGCUUGUUCUGUGGACAUUGGACCCUUUAGUCAGGACUAUGAAUCACAGUCGGUUCUGGGUUUAUUGAUUGUAUAAAGAAUGAGACAGCAGAAUCUCUCUUGGCUUUUUUUAGUUCGUUUCAGGAGCACUUUGGGCAAGGGGGGGGGGACACAAUGAGGUCAGUACUACUGCUGGUAGCUAGGGACAGGUUCAGUUUUUGUCUUUCAUCCUGAGUAGUAUUUUCAUAGUUCCCGGCCCCCUGCCCCCCCCCCUCCAACCUGGUUUGCUCACUCUCAGACCACUUUUUGUGAUUCAGUACUUCCCAGUUGAGAUCUAUGGAUCCCCCAGUGCAGUACCAAUCUGAUGGGACACUAGAACAGUCCAUGACGCUUGACUGGCUGUGUAGGAUUACACAAUGGGGAUACCUAGCUGCUGGAAUGGGGAAGACUCUGCUGCAUACUUUCAGAAACCCCUUGCCCACAGAAAUCAUGAUGCAGAAGAACAAUGGGGCAGAAUCAGUCCGAGACUGUCCUGGAAAUCCACUGAGGUGGAGAGUAGUAUAGGAAAUUCCCUAGUGUGGAAAAAAGGUCAUGGUUGUCUUCCCACACUUUCUUCCCAGGCAGUAUUCAACUUUAUGGGGAAGGGGGUCUUAGACUAGUGGUGAGUCAACUUGUGGGAUCUCAUCCAAGACAGCUCAUGUUGCUGUCCACCAGAAUCCAUGCCACCUUGUCUCCUGCAGUGUCUCUGGCCAUACCCAGGCAGCUCCUCUGCCUAUGCCAUCCAAGGUUCAUGAAUUUGAUCCAUGGGGCUGACUGCACACCAGGAGUUAACGAUUAAUGAUCUGUUGUUGAGAGGCUGUGCCCAACGCCCCUCGGUUGAACCUGUGAGACUUUCGUCCUGAUCAGCCUCUCGGGCUGAUAGAUUGGUCGGACAAAGGCAGGAGGAAGAAGUGCCUUGCCAUGGCAGCAGCCUUGGAGCAGUACUGUGGCUCAGUUUUCUGGAACUCUUCUUUCCUGGACCGGAAUGAUGCCGACCUGCCACUCUGCUUUGAACAGACUGUUCUGGUCUGGAUCCCCCUGGGCUUCCUCUGGCUCUUUGGCCCAAUGCAGCUUCUUCACAUCUGCACAUCCAGGAUGAAGAAAUCAUCUGUCACAAGAGUUUACCUUAUUAAACAGGUGCUGGCUGCGCUGCUCUUGCUGAUGGCCCUUGCUGAAGUGUUUUUCACUGUUGCCGAAGACCUCGGAAACCUCCCGCACUCAACCCCUGUUAGCCGAAACCCAAUUGUCCAGUACUUGAAUCCAGCACUCUACUUCAUUAGUUGGUUGCUUGUUCUGCUGAUCCAUGACAGCCGCCGCUUCACCGUCCGCAGAGACUCAGGGACUCUCUUCAUCUUCCUCCUCCUUUCUGUGCUCUGUGGUGUAUUUCAGCUCCAGACUCUCAUCCGGCAAGCAAUACAGGGCUCCAUCACUGAUGUGCCACGUUUUAGCUUCUUCCUUGUCUCCUACGGGCUUCAACUUAUUUUGUUCUUCAUCUCUAUUGUUUCCGACGUUGCCCCCGAAAUGAAGGAAGCUGCAAAGAAAAACCCAGAGAUUGUGGCCUCUUUCCUAAGCUUCCUCACUUUCCAGUGGUACAGCAGGAUGGUGCUCAAGGGCUACCGCAAGCCACUAGAAAUUGAUGACCUCUGGGACUUGAAGGAAGAACAUAAGACGGGGAAAAUUUUAGGCUCGCUCGAGAAGAACAUGAGAGCUGGAAUAAAAAAUGCUCAGCGGAAACUGGAGAUCCGGCAACGGAAGAGGAAACUUCAUUCAGCAGCUACUGACCAGCACAUGAAUGGCUUGAGCAAAGCCCAGAGUCAGGAUGCAUUGGUUUUGGAAGAGAAAAAGGAAAAAGGCAAGAAGGAGGCAGACAAGAAAGACUCUCGUGGUGACUACGCGAAGAGCUGGCUGAUGGCUUCUAUAUUCCGAACCUUUGCUGGGAACCUUAUGAAAUCAGUGGCACUCAAGGUAGUGCAAGACCUCCUGGUGUUUGUGAGCCCUCAGCUACUGAAGCUGAUGAUCUCCUUUGUGUCAGACCCAAAUGCCUACCUUUGGCAUGGCUACCUCUAUGCAGUGCUGCUGUUUCUGACCGCACUGGUGCAAUCCAUCUGCCUACAGCAGUAUUUCCAACUCUGCUUUGAACUGGGCAUGCUCGUACGCACUGCUCUUAUGGCUGCCAUCUACAAGAAGGCCCUUACUGUUUCCAAUGCCACACGGAAGGAAUCCACGGUGGGCGAGACGGUGAAUCUGAUGUCCGCAGAUGCUCAGCGCUUCAUGGACUUCACAAACAUGAUGCACCAGCUGUGGUCGGCUCCCCUGCAGAUUGUGCUGUCUAUAGUGUUUCUGUGGCUGGAGCUCGGUCCCUCUGUGCUCGCUGGGAUUGCUGUCAUGGUCCUGCUUAUCCCCAUCAAUGCUGUGCUGGUCACAAAGGCCAGAGCCAUCCAGGUGAAGAACAUGAAGCACAAGGAUGAGCGCAUGAAAAUAAUGAAUGAAAUUCUCAGCGGCAUCAAGAUCCUGAAGCUGUUUGCCUGGGAGCCGUCAUUUGAGAAACGAGUCGGAGGUAUCCGGGCACAGGAGCUGAAGCGGCUGCUGCGCUUUGCCUACCUGCAGUCCGUCUCCAUCUUCCUCUUUGCCUGUGCUCCUUUCAUAGUCUCUGUGGUAACAUUUGCUGUGUAUGUGCUGGUUGAUGAAAACAAUGUCUUGGAUGCGCAGAAAGCCUUCACUUCUAUCUCUCUAUUCAACGUCCUGCGCUUCCCUCUGGGCUUCCUGCCAUUGACAUUGUCCUCCCUGGUACAGGUCAAUGUAUCUACUGAACGGCUGGAGCGCUACCUGGGCAGUGAAGACCUGAACACUUCGGCCAUAUGUCAUGAACCGAGCCCUGGCUGUGCUGUGACUUUCUCUGAGGCCUCCUUUGCCUGGGAACAAAAUUCAGAUGCCACCAUUAGAGACAUAAACUUGAAAAUUCCAAAUGGGCACCUGUUGGCCAUUGUAGGACCUGUGGGAUCAGGCAAAUCCUCGCUGGUGUCAGCCAUGUUGGGAGAGAUGGAGAACAUCAAAGGACAUAUCAAUGUUCAGGGCUCCAUAGCCUAUGUGUCUCAGCAAGCAUGGAUCCAGAAUGCCACACUGAAGGACAACAUCCUUUUUGGGUCACCCUUCGAUGAGGCCCGAUACCAACAGGUCAUAGAUGCUUGUGCUCUUCUCCCAGACCUGCAGUUGCUGCCAGGAGGAGACCUUACUGAGAUUGGAGAGAAGGGCAUUAACCUUAGUGGAGGCCAGAAGCAGCGUGUCAGCCUGGCCAGAGCUGUAUACAACAACGCAGACAUUUACUUACUGGAUGACCCCCUGUCGGCUGUGGAUUCCCAUGUAGGACGACACAUUUUUGACCAAGUGCUGGGGCCACAGGGGCUGCUGCAGCAUAAGACCCGGAUCCUGGUGACUCAUAGCUUAAGCUUCCUGGCCCAAGUGGAUGACAUUGUGGUGCUGGUGGCUGGAACUGUUUCCGAACAGGGUUCUUACAGCACCUUACUGGCUAAUGGUAAAGCAUUUGCUCAGCUGCUGAACACAUAUGGAAACCAGCAGGAAAACAGUCCUGAAGAGGAAGCUACAGUGGGGAUGGAAGAGGACCUAGAACUGGAUGGGGACACUGAACCUGGAGCUGAGGAGGUACCAACUGAUGUGGUGACCAUGUCCCAGAAGAGUGAGGCCAGUGUCCACCAAAAGGACUUCAUCCGCAGCCUUAGUAACAGCAGCCACAGGUCGCUCACGAUGUCACAGCGAAUGAAGUUGAAGGAGAAGAAGCCAGUGACUGAGGUAAAAGGACAGAGGCUGAUUGACAAGGAGGCCAUGGAAACCGGCAAGGUGAAGUUCAGCAUGUAUCUGCAGUACCUCCGUGCUGUUGGCUGGUGCCUGUCAACAAUGGUCUUGCUUGCCUACAUAGGGCAAGCUGUAGCCACGAUUGGCUCUAACCUGUGGCUUAGUGAGUGGACAAAUGAUGCUGCAAAGUACGCGAACCAGACCUACCCUGCUUCUCAACGUGACCUGCGUAUUGGAAUCUAUGGGACAUUGGGUGCUGGCCAGUCUCUAUUCCUGCUGACUUCAGCCCUUCUUGCUGCCCACGGUGCUGUCCGGGCCUCCCGGGUCCUACACGAGCGGCUGCUGUCCAACAUCCUGCGUGUGCCCAUGAGCUUCUUUGACACGACACCAACAGGCCGCAUCGUGAACAGGUUUGCCAAGGACAUUUUCACUGUGGACGAGAGCAUUCCCAUGUCAUUUCGCUCCUGGAUUAACUGCUUGUUGGGGAUUUUCAGCACUCUGUUUAUAAUCUGUCUGGCCACACCUUAUUUUGCAAUUGUCAUGCUGCCUCUGGGUAUCAUAUACUACUUUCUUCAGCGGUUCUAUGUGGCCACCUCCCGCCAGCUGCGGCGUUUGGACUCAGUCACCCGGUCUCCCAUCUAUUCCCACUUCAGCGAAACAGUGUCGGGCCUCUCUGUCAUCCGGGCCUACGGGCACCAGGAACGCUUCCUGAAACACAAUGAGGAGCUUGUGGACAUCAACCAGAAAUCUGUGUAUUCUUGGAUCGUUUCCAACAGGUGGCUGGCUGUGCGCCUAGAAUUUGUGGGGAACCUGGUGGUUUUCUUUGCAGCGCUAUUGGCAGUCUUUGCUAAGGAUACUUUGGACAGUGGCAUUGUGGGACUUUCUGUCUCCUCAGCUCUCAAUAUCACCCAAACAUUGAACUGGCUGGUGCGGAUGACUUCAGAGCUGGAGACCAACAUUGUGGCUGUGGAGAGAGUGCAUGAAUACACACAUGUGGAAAAUGAGGCACCAUGGGUAACAGCCCAGAGACCACCUUCUGGCUGGCCCAACAAUGGAGAGAUAAGAUUUAUAGACUAUCAAGUGCGGUAUCGGCCUGGGCUGGAGCUGGUUCUCGAUGGGAUCAAGUGCGAGAUCCAGAGCAGAGAGAAGGUUGGUGUCGUGGGCCGAACUGGGGCUGGGAAAUCCUCGCUCACCAACUGCCUCUUUCGCAUCCUGGAGGCAGCUGGAGGCAAAAUCCUGAUUGAUGGGCUUGACAUAGCAACGCUUGGACUUCAUGAUCUGCGCCGGAACAUCACCAUCAUCCCACAGGAUCCUGUUCUUUUCUCGGGGAGCUUGCGCAUGAACCUGGACCCAUUUGACCAGCACUCGGAUGAAGAAGUCUGGCAUGCUCUGGAGCUGGCACACUUGAAGUCUUAUGUACACAGCCUGCCUGAAGGACUGUCCCAUCUAGUGAGCGAAGCAGGAGACAACCUGAGCGUGGGGCAAAGGCAACUUGUCUGUCUGGCACGGGCCCUCCUCCGUAAAUCCAAAAUCCUGAUUCUGGAUGAGGCCACGGCAGCUGUGGAUAUGGAGACUGACUACCUGAUCCAAGAGACAAUCCGGAGCGAGUUUGCAGACUGCACUGUGCUCACCAUUGCCCAUCGGUUGCACACCAUUAUGGACAGCCACAGGGUGAUGGUGCUUCAGGCGGGAAGGAUUGUGGAGUUUGACAGCCCUGAUCAUCUGCUUAAACAGCAAAGCAUCUUUGCAGCAAUGGCCAAGGAUGCUGGAAUUGUAGGAAGCCAGAACACUGCCAUGUAGAGGCAAGGGCAGCAAGACCAAGGCCAGCUUCACGCAUCCCUGUGGUAGCUUUUCCUGGACUUUUACCUUUGACUGGGUGCCAACACUGUCUGUACCAGCAGUGAUAUUAUGCCUGAAGCACAGAUUGUAUCAUCAUACAGUUUCUGGGCACGCUGCACUCAACCAGCUUGUAUCUUCACAGACAGCUACCUGAUAUUUUCUUGGCCCUGAACUCAAGCACUGCCUAUAAGCCAACCAUGGUUCUGCAGAAGGGGCUGCACUUUUACUAUCGCCCUCCAAGAUAGAAAAGAUCAACGGAAGCUCUACCACUCCUCCUUUGUUUCAAGACACAGCACAGAAGUUCCCAUACAAUUCUCCGUGCUAUGAAGUAGGCAAAAACAAGCUGGUGGUGUUUAGUCUUAACUGGUUCCGUUUAUUGCCCCCCUGCCCCCAAAACGCAUCACCUUCCAGAUUCAUGUUUCUUUGGGGAUACUGGCAGCUUUUGUUUCCUCCUCCUUGCAUGGGGUUUCACACCUUCAUCUGGAGGCGGGGUGGAGAGAGGAUUUAGAUGACAAAUUAGAACUUCACAACACUUAGUACACGGAGAAGUGCUGGAAAGGUGCUGACUAAUAACUAUUUGGGAAUCUUGUCCCAAACAGUGAAGUCUCUGUACCCUUUUUAAAUUUGCUGUCACAAGGUGUUUCAAAUGUGGGGUGCACUGGGCUUUUUGAAAAAAGUUUUCAUACCCUGUCUACAGACCAAAGCUCCUGAGGCAUCUUACGCUGUAUUUAAAAUACAAUAAAACGGACAAUAAUUACUGAA